AUGGAGUCCGUCGUUGAAAAUGUUGUCAAAGAACCGAAAAAGUUCGUGGAUAGAUCGAAGAUUUGCCCAGUGCUGUUGAGGGUUUUUAUAGGGAAAGGCCGUCAUAACUCAACAUCAGAGUACGCACGUGGAAAAACUCCUUCUCAUGAAGUUCAACUCUACACAUGGAUGGAUGCCACACUGAAAGAACUGAUGAACCUAAUUAGGGCGCUUGGAGACGAGGGACGACAAAAAGGUUCACAGUUUGAGUUUUCAGUGGUCUAUGCUGAUUUAAGGUCACCUAAUUUUAAGAUGAGAGAUAUAGGCAAGACAAUUGUCGGAAAUGCUACUCAAGAUGAUUUUGCCACCUUGUUGUCAAAAAAGUUUCAGAUCGGGGAUUUUUUAGACGUAGCAAUAACGGCCCCAAAGAAAAUUUACAAGGCUACUAAUAAUGACAUAUCUACACUUAGGAGAGUCAGGCAUAGACCUUAUUAA